UUUUUCUUUUUAAAGCAGCAGUCUAUGCUUCGUCCCUCCUUCCAGACAGAACAAAUACUAUAUUCAUCUGCUACGGCUUACUGAAACUCCCUGCAUGAACUCCUGGUUACUGUACUCCACCGUUUGAGCUGCAGAACACAAUGCCAUUCAUGCCACGGGGCGAAAACCUGCGAAGCGCCUGCUGCCUUAACGCAGCGAUGAGGAGAACAUGCAGUGUGUUUUGCGCAUGGAGUCUACUGUUCUUAACAGAGGUCUGUGCGCAGUCUCAGCGGAGACCAACAUUCACAUGCGGCGGAAACAUUACAGGAGAUUCUGGAGUAAUCGGGAGCCAGGGGUACCCAGGAGUUUACCCUCCAAAUACUAAAUGUGUGUGGAGGAUAACAGUCCCUGAGGGAAAGGUCGUGGUCCUGUCAUUCCGCUUUAUUGACUUGGAGAGCGACAACCUGUGUCGCUAUGACUAUGUGGAUGUUUACAGUGGCCAUAUUAGUGUGCAAAGACUUGGUCGCUUCUGUGGGACGUUCAAGCCAGGAGCCCUGGUAUCUACGGGCAACAAGAUGCUCUUGCAGAUGGUAUCUGAUGCCAACACCGCUGGGAGUGGCUUCCUGGCUGUUUUCUCUGCUGCCCACCCACAUGAGAGAGGUGAACAGUACUGUGGGGGCAGAUUGGACAAGCCCUCUGGGACUUUUAAAACUCCCAACUGGCCUGAGAAGGACUACCCAGCUGGUGUCACCUGCUCCUGGCACAUAGUGGCACCAAAGAACCAGAUUAUUGAAGUCAAGUUUGAAAAGUUUGAUGUGGAAAGGGAUAACUACUGCCGCUACGACCAUGUUUCCAUUUUCAACGGUGCAGAAAUCAACGACGCCAAGAGAAUUGGCAAAUACUGUGGAGACAGCCCCCCAGCGCCGGUGUUCUCAGACGGGAACCAGCUCCUCAUCCAGUUCCUGUCAGAUCUAAGUCUAACCGCAGAUGGCUUCAUUGGACAUUACAAGUUCAGACCAAAGAAAUUCCCCACCACCACGAUACCACCCACCACUACCACGCAGCCGGUCACCACCAGGCCCAUACCUCUAAAGUACUCUGUAGCCCUGUGCCAGCAGAAAUGCAAAAGACGGGGAACACUUGAGAGCAAUUACUGCUCCAGCAAUUUUGUGAUAACCGGGACUGUCAUUACUGCGGUGAUGAGAGAAGGAAGUAUGUACGCCACCAUCUCUAUCAUCAACGUUUAUAAAGAAGGCAGUCUGGCCAUCCAGCAGGCAGGAAAGACCAUGAGCACCAAGAUCAUCAUCCUGUGCAAGAAGUGUCCAUUUGUCAGGCGAGGCUUGAACUACGUCUUCAUGGGCCAGGUGGACGAGGAUGGCCGUGGGAAAAUUGCCCCCCACCACUUCGUUAUGGCAUUUAAGACAAAGAACCAGAAAGGACUCAACUUUCUGAAUAACAAGCAGUGCUGAGUUCCAGUAGCGCUGAGGUUUUCCACUGGACCGGUUUGCCUGAGGCUCAGCUGUGGAUGGAAGCAAUUUAGCAAA